AUGCAAAUUAUUCUAACCUUUAUUCAAAUUAUAAAGGCAUUUAGACAAAACAGUUACACUCCAGUUUAUGGAGAAAGAAAAUUUAAUUCUUUAAAGUAUCCUAAUCCACCUGUAGAUACUUAUGGAAUGAAACCUAGUAAUUCAAAUAAUCUUGUUAUUAAAGAUUUAAAAUGUAGCAUUUCUAAAGAUUUAUACAAUACCACUUUUAUAGCAAUUAAAGAAAUUAAAGGAAUGUCAGCACGUGAAUUUCUUAACAAUUUUGAAAUUACCGCAAAUUAUGGUGUUGUAAUCACAUCAUCAGAAUACAUCUUUAAUCAAGAAAAUCAAUAUUGUAGUGUUAAAGUUAUAGAAAAAGAUAAAAUAGAAAUUACUUGCACUUUCAGAUCUGAAAACAAUCUCGUGAGUCACGUUGUCAAACCUAAAAUGGGUGGAUUAUCUACAAAGUAUCUUGCAGCUUAUAAUAUUGAUGAUAACGGUGUUAUAUUUCAGUAUUGUGGAAAUGUAAAUAAAAAUUAUCAAUAA